AAGAGGGCCAAACCAGCAAUUCAUCGAACCCGAGCGACACGACGUCUUACGGUCGCCAUUGGGCAGUGGAGUGAAGUACGUAGCACAAGGCGACGCUCUGCCACCGCGACACACCACGACACGCCCGCUCUGGUGACUGACGUACGGAGCACCUCGAGCAUCGCCACGUCGCCUCGGCCCGACGCACCUCAGCUCUCGCGCGACAGCUCCGACGACGACGACGACGACGACGAAAAAGAAGACGACGACGACAUGAUAGCAGCGGCUCUCCCGCCCCGCCCCCCAGCGUAAUCGUUGCAGCAUGUUCUCCUCGGCGCUCAAGUCCAUCUCCGCCACCAACAUCACCGCAAACUACUCGGUCUCACCGACGCCCACCUCGACGGCCGGCCCGUGGAAGAUCUACGACGCCAAGAAGAAGUCGACGGGCAAGCCAUACAGCGUCUUCGUCUUCGAUAAGAAGGCGCUCGACAGCCAUGGCAGCUCCCUGGGCCGCUCCGGCGCCUCGUCGUACAAGCGCAGCGUCGACGAGGUCGUCGAGCGCCUGAAGAAGGAGGCCUCGAGCCUCGCCAAGCUGCGCCACCCCAGCAUCCUCGAGCUCGUCGAGCCCGUCGAGGAGACGAGAGGCGGCGGCCUGCAGUUCGUCACAGAGGCCGUCACCGCGUCGCUGGCGAGUGUGCUGCAGGAAAAGGAUGAACAGGAGCGCGCGGGCGGGCCCGGCGGCCGCUCGAGCCGCUACGUAACCGAGGACGCCGACGGCGUGCGGAGGAGGAGGGAGCUCGAGAUUGACGAGCUCGAAAUCCAAAAGGGGUUACUGCAGUUGAGCAAGGCCCUCGAAUUCCUGCACGAGAACGCGGGCUUGGUCCACGGCAACCUGACCCCGGAUGCUGUCCUCAUCAACGCCAAGUCCGACUGGAAGAUCAGCGGCUUCGCUUUUUGCAGUCCCGCCGAGGGCUCCAACAAGCCCACCUCCAUCCAGGGCAUCAACCUGUACGAGGUGCUCAACAUGGACCCGCGGCUGCCCAGGCUCGUGCAGCUCAACCUCGACUACACCUCGCCCGACUUCGUCAUGGACAACAACCUGACGCCGUCUGCCGACAUGUUCUCGCUCGGGCUUCUGUCCGUGGCGCUGUACAACUCGCCGCACCAGUCGCCGCUCGAGAGCCACGCCAGCCUCUCCUCGUACAAGCGGCUCUUCUCCUCGUCCUCGUCCGUGCCCUCGUCGUCCAACAACUUCCUCUCCUCGCGCCCGCUCCCCAAAGAACUCUCGCACCACGUUUUGCCAAGGCUCAUCACGCGACGGCCGGCCCAGCGGAUGACGGCCCGCGAGUUCCAGCAGAGCGAGUUCUUUGACAACAUCCUCGUCUCCACCAUCCGCUUCCUGGACUCCUUUCCUGCUAAGACGCCAAAUGAAAAAUCGCAAUUCCUGAAGGGUCUCGUCAAGGUCCUGCCGUCGUUCCCCAAGUCGGUCAUGGAGAAGAAAAUCCUUCCCGGGCUGUUGGACGAGCUCAAGGAUAGGGAUCUUCUGGCGGCGAUCCUGCAGAACGUGUUCAAGAUUAUCGAGCUGCUGCCUUCUGCCCGACGCGCAUUUGGUGAGAAGGUGCGGCCGGCAUUGAAGGAAAUAUUCGUCGUCAACGCAAAGCAGACGCAGGAAAAGGACCCGGCCCGAGACGCGGGACUCAUGGUCUUUCUCGAGCACCUGCAGGCUGCGGCGGACAAUAGCUCCGGCAAGGAGUUCAAGGACGACAUAUUGCCUGUCAUCCUGGCUGCCAUCGAAUGCCCAACCCACUCCAUCGUCGACGCUGCAAUGCGGACCCUGCCAUCCGUGCUUCCAGUCCUCGAUUUCAGCACCAUCAAAAACGAACUCUUCCCCGUGGUGGCGGCCGUCUUCAGUCGGACGAACAGCCUUGCCAUCAAGGUCCGCGGCCUGCAGGCAUUCGUCAUCCUAUGUGGAGGGUCGGCCGACGCAGCAGCCGACGACGGCCUGAAUGGCUUGGUAGAGGACAAGAGGAAGACGUCUUCGUCGAGCGCCCUGGACAAGUACACGAUGCAGGAGAAGAUUGUUCCUCUGAUCAGGGCUAUCAAGACCAAGGAGCCGGCGGUGAUGGUUGCGGCGCUCAACGUGCUGCGCAUCGUUGGCCAGUCGGCUGACGCCGAGUUUGUGGCCAUGGACAUCCUGCCCGUCCUGUGGAGCAUGAGCUUAGGCCCCUUGCUGGACCUCAAGCAGUUCCAGACGUUCAUGGAGCUCAUCAAGAACCUUUCGCGGCGGGUCGAGGACGAGCAGUCCAAGAAGCUGCAGGAGACGUCGGGCAGCUCCAACGGCGCGACGGCCGGCCCCAACGAUGACUUCCUUGCUUUUGGAGGCGUGACCGGCACCGCGUUUGACGCGAGCAGCGGCGGUGGCCACGAGGAUGACUUUGAGUCCCUGGUCAAGGGGCGACCGGGCGCUGGCGACACGUCGGCAAGCAACGGGGCCGGCCUAGCGAGCUGGGACGAGACACCAUCCUCCGUCAUGCCCACGACGAAGUCGCCAUCGACGACGAGCACGCCGCAGACGCCGUCCUUUUCGUGGUCCACGCAGACCCCCGCCAGUCCCAUGGGCGUCGCCGCGCAGCCGCCGAGCCAGGGGACCGGCUUCCGCACCGUCACGCCCGACCUCACGCGCUUCGGCUCCCUGACGCCGUCGUCGACGCAGUUCAGCCAGCCGCUCCAACCCACGCUGCCUUCACAGUCGAGCUUCCAGGCGGCGCCGGCGGCUGCGCAGCCCAGCGCGUCGCCGUCGUUUAACUGGUCGUCAUCGUCGUCGAGCACCGCAGCGGCGGCCACGGCGAAUCCCUGGGCGUCGGCGGCCUCGUCCACGCCCAACAGCUACGCACCCAACUACUCGUCUGCGAACCCCUUAUCCACCAUGCCGUCCGGCUUCGGCGGCAUGACGUCCUCCAUGGGCGGCAUGACCCUCGGCGCCCAGCGGCCCAGCAUAGGCGGGCAGCGCAGCUCGUCGUCGUCGUUUUCGCUACCCCCGCCCCCCGGCGCCGGCGGCGGCUCCUCCGCGGGCGCUGGGUCGUCGUUCGGCAUCAAGCCCCCGCCGCCACCGCAGCAGCAGCAACAGCAGCAGCAGACGGGGUGGCCGUCGGCCAACAAGCCCAUGGGGUCGAUGGGCGGUGGCCUCGGUAACACCACCUUUGGGGCGCAGCAGCAGCAGCAGCAGCAGCAGCACAAGUCAGGGCUGGACAAGUACGAGAGUUUGAUUUAGGCAUGGCGUUGCAUAUCUUCUUCUCCCUUGCUUCACUUUCCCUCGUGGUGGCUUCCCUGUCCUUGGGGAUACUUGCGCAUAGAAGAGGGGCGGAGGCGGUUGAUUUUACGUACGUAGUUUUCUCAGGCGGGCGGGCGGACGGACGGACGGAUACCACUUUGACGAGGAACGGGCGCAGGUAGCAGCAGCAUGUGCGGGCACGGGACCAAAGAGACAUGAAAGCGAAAGCAAAACGGGCAGCCAUUAAUGUGUUUUAAAUUCUUUUUUCUUGUAUUCCCAUUCCAUGGCUGUCCUUUCAUCUACCAUCUAGACCAGAAGGGAGAACAAGUUUUGGAAAGAAAAAUCAAACACUUGGGGUUAUCGACCGACUGUGUAUAGGCGCGAAGCAAGUCUUUCUUUCUUA